AUGUUGAGACGGGCCGUACAUCCAGGGGAAAUCCUGAAAGAUGAGCUGGAGGUGAGGGGUGUGUCGCCGGCGAGUUUUGCCAGGCAGAUCGACGUGCCGCCCAAUCGGAUCAGCCAGAUUAUGGCCGGGAAGCGUGCGGUUACCGGCGACAGCGCCCUGAGGUUCGGCCACUGGUUUAGCACGGACCCCCAGUUCUGGCUGAAUCUGCAGGCUCAGCACCACCUGGCGGUCGCCGACCAGUUGGUGGGGGAGAAGGUGCGUGUGCUGCCCACCGCGGCCGUCGGCGAAUAG